GUGAUAACAUGUUAUCUGAAGAGACCAUCAUGCCUAAACCCUCUUUUUUACUCACCAUAAUCCUUUUAAUUUUUCUCAUCAAUGCAUCUGCAGGACAGAUCAUAGUAGUGAAAAAUGAUAAUGCUGUUACAGCAAAGUUGAUAAAGGGGCAUAGCAGAAAGAUUCUUACAGAGACUCAGGACUAUGACUAUGGAGGGGCAAACUCUAGGCAUGAUCCACGCAGAAGGCCUGGGACUGGAGGCAGGAACGGUUAAAUUGUUAAGAUCCUUGUUACGUAAUCCUACAUAUGAUCAUGUGAACGUGCUACUACAUGAAGAGGAUUAUAUGACGGAGCCUAGUCUCUACUGCAGCUAACCUAAUAUAUAAAUAUUGGAUCCCCUAUCGUGUGUGUUUUACAUAUCCAAUUGGAUUAAAAACCAUACAGAUACUCUUAUUGGUAAACAGUCUAGUGGGAUGAAGUUAAGGCUAUCUCAUUUUAAAUGAUACCUAUGUGUACUGCUUUUUUUCAGACCCACCUGUGAGUACUGCUAAUGCAUACUUGAGGCAAUGGAUUAUCUAUGAACCAU